UUUAAUUGUCAACUUGAUUUUGAUGGCAAGUGAAAAUGUCAUAAUAAUAUACCUAACCUAUAAAUGCGAUAGGUACGCUAAUUAUUCAAUAUCUAUUAAUCCUAAAAUCAAAUAUAUACACUUCACACUUAACAUAAUGGCCUCUACUGUUAUUAAAUAUGUCGGAAGAACAACUGACUUUAAAGGAAAGACUCUUUGGGAAAUUGUUGGGAGUUUGAAAAACCUAGGUGUUGGAAGAAUCAUUGUUCGAUCAGUUUUCGAAAGAUACCCAGAGCCUAGCUUUAUGAAGAUUGUUAAAGUUGAAACCUGUCCAGACGAGGAACGACGUAGAGUAAGAAUAUGGGUUGAGAAAACAUUUAGAGGUCGCAAGAUGCCGAAUUUGACUGAAAUAUAUCGCACAUCUUACAAACCUGAUUACAAACUCAUUCCUAAGAAUGAGGAGGCCAAAUUGCUAGCCAGUGUGAAGGAAGUGCACGACUACCCCGAGGUGAUUCUACCGAGAAAUAUUGAGAUGCCACCACUUAUGAAAAAGUUUAUUAUCAAGGAUCAUGAAAAGAAAGGACUGGAGGUGAUGACAGACUUUACAAUGCCAAUUACCUACAACUACAGUCCAAACAGAGUCAAGAGAAUAGCAAAAGGUGAUGAAAAGCCAACGGUUAAAUUUUCUAUGGGCCUUGGUACCCCUGCCAGUCCAUCACUCUAUGAAGGUGUGCCACUAAGUUAAAGGAAACAACAAAUUAAUAUUACAUGUUAUUUUAUUAUAGAAAUUAUAGAGCAAUAAAGUAGUUGAUAACAAUAAUACACA